AUGACUACAGUCAGCGAGAACGAUACUUCCGACGUCAAGAUUACUGAUCGCAUCAACCUUAAAGACAAGAACUUCCUCAUUACCGGCGGUGGUCGGGGCAUUGGCUUUGCAUGCGCGAAAGCAAUAGCUCAGCUUGGAGGUGGUGUUGCGGUGGUUGACACACUUGCCGAACCUGUGGAAGAGUUCCAGACAUUGAGUGAACGCUUCGGAAUUAAGACGUCGUAUGUUCGAGGCGACGUGACGUCCCAAGAAUCUUUGGAGGAGGCUUUUGCACAAUCUGUUCGAGCGAUGGGCCAAUUACAUGGUGGAUUGCUGGCCGCAGGAAUAUGCAUAGACGAGCCACUCCUUGAGGCCGACUGGGAACACAGUCAACGUACCUUCAACGUGAAUGUUCUAGGUACUUUCUGGACAAUCAAGUUGCUUGGGAAACAUCUAGUCGAAACAGGUACUCGUGGUAGUAUCGUCACCAUCGCCAGCUUGAAUGGCCAAGGAGUAUAUAUGCCUGUGCAACCAUGUGCGGCUUACAACGCUAGUAAAGCAGCCGUGAAAGGAAUGAUGGGUCCUAUCGGAGCAGAGCUGGGCGCAAUCCAAACACCUCUAUUGAAACGUCUGGAAGGAGAGAAGCGAGCGAUUCUGGAUUUCUACAGGGAAGGUGCGCCUCUCCAAAGGCUAGGUGUACCAGAAGAUUUAACGCCAAUGAUUUGUUAUCUCCUGAGUGAUGCUGCUUCAUUUGUGACUGGAGCGGAUUUUUUGAUGACAGGUGGUCUACAUGCUGGUUCCGUUAGGAAGUGA